UUCAGAUACUAUAAAUACAAUAAAUAAUGAAGAUACAAGCUAGGAAGGAUAUCCUUGUUUUACCAAUAACUCCGACACCCAUGAAUUACAAACGAAUGAUAUCGAUAGUGAUGAUGAGAAUCUUCCCGUACAUAAACGUGUUUCGGAAGAAUUGGAUUACAACGAUCCAAUGGAUGAUUGUCUAUUGAACACAUUAGAAGAUGACACUUCAGACGAAGAGUUUAAUGCUGAUACUUCGCUAGGUAAUGCUGCAGUAUUUACGAAACUGAAGGAUAUGUUGAAGGAUGAGACAUCAAAUGAACCCGUUGAUUUACCAAUCAUUGCCAGUAAGGUCGAGAUGAUGCUUUCAAUCUUAAAAAUAUGGUCCAAAUAUAAUCUUCCAAACGUUGCUCUCAAAAGCUUAUGUCAGAUGAUAAACUCUUUUGUUGGCUCACCAAUCUUACCCGAAUCUCGAUACAAAAUCGAUAAGUUAUUAUCAGCAGAAGAAGGAAUAGAAUAUCACGCAGUUUGCCCUACAUGUAAGUUGUACAUCAGAAAGUUUCAGCGAAAAGAGAAAAAAGUCUUAUGCACUUCUUGCGAAAAACAAAUAAUUGUGCAAGGUACAGACGUAAAUUUUUUUGUUACACUAAACAUUAAAGAUUCCAUAAAAAAUUUAAUUGAAAAACACAAAGAAUACUAUGAAGAUGUAAUGAUUGGCAAGUACAAAUCUAAUCAGAGUAUAACAGACAUUUACGAUGGCAGUUUGUAUAAGAAAUUCGUUGAAUCCCUUCCCACGGAAGCAAAACAGUCAUAUGCUACAUGUGUAUUUAACAGUGAUGGAUCACCGGUAUUCAAAAGUUCAACAUAUUCUCUGUGGCCGAUUCAAGUUUCCAUAAAUGAAAUUCCUCCAGAUAUACGGCAAAAUGAAACAAUAACUUGGGCCUUAUGGUUUGGCAAAAAUAAACCCGAAAUGAAUGUUUUCCUAAAAACUUUUACGGAUACUUUGCAAGAAUUAUCUAUCAAAGGGAUUGAUGUGCUUUUUAAUCGCUCUAAAGUAAAAAAUAUUAAGUUAUAUGCACUUGUUUGCUGCGUCGACUCAGUUGCUCGUGCGCCGAUGCAAGGGAUAACCCAAUUCAACGGAUUCUACGGUUGUAAUUGGUGUCUUCAUCCUGGAAAAUCAGUAAAAAAUAAAUCUAAAGGAACUACUCUAAAGUAUGUACUACUUACGGAACCUAUCGAACGGCGUAGUGCAUCUAACAUGAUUGAAUUUGCCGAGAAAUCGAAACAGGAAAAAAAGACAAUAAUGGGUGUAAAGACUUCGACUGUUUUAAGUUGUCUUCCCUGUUUUGACAUUGUCGAAGGGUUCGUGCCUGACAGCAUGCACUGUAUUUUUUUGGGAGUUUGCAGACAGUUCGCGAAGUAUUGGUUUAAUAAACCAGGAAAUGAUUUCUAUUUAGGGCCUAAAAAUGCAGCAAAAAUAGAAAAAGUAUUAAGUUCUAUCAAAGCUCCUAAUCAAGUAUCUCGCUUAAUACGCCCUCUGAAAGAGAAAAAAUAUUGGAAAUCAAGGGAAUGGGAAAAUUGGCUGCUAUAUUAUAGUUUACCGAUAUUACGAUCAAUGAACAACUUUCAAACAUAUGCCGAUCACUGGCAAUUAUUAGUAGAUGCUUGUCACAUUUUGCUGCAACAAUCUAUAACCCAUUCAGAAUUACUAAAAGCUCAUGAGAAACUCGAAGAUUUUGUGUUACUGACCCAACAACUCUAUUCAAAGAAAGCGAUGAGUUUCAAUGUCCACCAAUUGCUUCAUAUAGCGAAUAGUGUAAAUAACUGGGGUCCCCUAUGGGCUCAUCACGGCUAUCCAUUCGAAAAUGGGAAUGGUGUAAUAUCACGCACCGCAAAAUCAGCUAAAGGGGUCUUAUUUCAAAUCUGUCGAAGUCUUAAUUUCAAACGAUGCAUUAAUAUCAUGGAGCAUCAUAUUCAAAUUAAUAAUCCGGAAAUAUUGACGUUUUGCACGAAUUUGGAUGCAAAAUAUUCUAAAAGAUCUAGUAAAAUAUCACCCCAGUCACCUUGUAGAUAUUUCGGUAAAUCUAAGACAACUGAUGAUGAAUGGAUACAUCAAUUAUCGUUAGUACAACAAUCAUCACGAUCUUAUCAUCGAAUGGUUAAAAAUAAUUGUUUAUUUUCAACAAGAAACAAUGUUAAAUCAGACAAUUCAUAUGCAAAAUUGAAAGAUGGUACACUAAUUAAAAUUGUCGAAUUUAUUAUUGAUUUUCUUACUAAGAAAGAGUAUACUAUUUACAAAAAAUUAAAAACCACUGGAGAUUGUUAUAAUCAACAGAUACUUUCUGAGGAGGACUCAUAUUCGGCUGUUUUAACAACUGAAAUUUCUUUUGUAGCAGUACAUGUACAAUUAAAAGACAAGAAAUAUGUAAGUAGUGUUGCCAACAUGUUGCAUUAUUAGAUCAAGAUAAUAAAUUUAAUUUCAAUAAGUUUCAAAAAAUAUAUAUUGUUACGAAUA